GGCUGAAUUGCGUACUCCUGCUCCUAGUUCUUAUGUACGCCAUUUCUGAAUGGUCGUAAAUGUACAACCAAAUAUUUAGGCGCAGCAAGUCCCUAACAUCAGCGUAGAGACUCGUCUGGAGCAUAAAUCCGUUGGGCCCGUUUUUCAUGCUGUAAAUUCUGCUGCAACUGAGAUGUUUCGAUCUUGAAGCAAGCCCCAAGCUUUACUCUUGCAAUUUAAAACAAAAAUUAUGGAACAAUGAAAUUAAUUGGAUUGAAUGUCAAGGGAAUGAAAAUUGUUGAGAACUGGAGGCUGUCAGGGCUGCACAUGUAACUAAAUCUGGUCGCGGGGUUUCAGAGCAACAGGGGCGCCCGCGGGACGCUGGAGUGGGCGCCGGGGUUCGAGGCCUCGCGCACGGUCACCGCCGCCGGGGUUCGGGGCCUCGCGCACGGUCACCGCCGCCGGGGUUCGGGGCCUCGCGCACGGUCACCGCCGCGAAUGGAACGUUCGGCGCAGCCCGCUCAGUGCCCGAGCUGAAGCCGUGUGACACCGGAAACAGCAGCAGCAGCUGCAAGGAGAGCACAAGCCAGUGGGUGAAGCAUCCCCCGUCCCCCCGAUACGGUGAGGAAUUUGAACAGGGCCCCACUUGGUGUCUGAGGAUUUUCAUCAUUUGCAGGGCUUUUGUUCAUGUUCACUGGUUAGUUCCAGGAAAACUAGAAUGAUAGCUGGAGAUUCAUAGGGGUGAGCUCGGGCUUAGCUCCGCUGAAGUUAUUGCAGAUUCCUUUCCAACAAUCUGUUGAGUAUUGAACACACCAUUGACAACUGAGCUGUGUUUUCCACAGAUAACAACACCUGUUUUGACAAGAGGACAUGGCAGAUGUACUUGUGGGGGAAGAAGAUGAAGAAGAAUGUCCCAAGCUGGUUCCAAUUGAAGCAGAUCCCAAUGUGGGGAGUGCACGGAUUCCGGUAACAAUCAUCACAGGAUAUUUAGGUGCUGGUAAAACAACUCUUCUGAAUUAUAUUCUAACAGAACAGCACAAUAAGAGAAUUGCAGUAAUCCUUAAUGAGUUUGGUGAAGGGAGUGCACUAGAAAAAUCACUGGCGGUGAGCCAUGCAGGAGAACUUUAUGAAGAAUGGUUGGAGCUGCGGAAUGGAUGCCUUUGCUGUUCAGUGAAAGACAACGGUUUGAAAGCCAUUGAAAACCUCAUGCAGAAGAAAGGCAAGUUUGACUACAUCCUACUGGAAACUACUGGAUUGGCUGAUCCAGGUGCUGUUUCCACCAUGUUUUGGGUUGAUGCAGAAUUAGGGAGCGAUGUUUAUCUUGAUGGUAUUAUUUCUGUUGUUGAUGCAAAAUAUGGAAUGCAGCACUUGACAGAAGAGAAACCUGGAAAUCUGGUUAAUGAAGCAGCCAGGCAAAUUGCCCUUGGAGAUCUUAUUGUCAUUAACAAAACAGACCUGGUUCAACAUGAGGAGCUGGAAAAUUUGAAAACUGCUAUAAGGUCAAUAAAUGGACUUGCUAAGUUAAUUGAAACACAAAGAUCAAGAGUUGAACUGACAGAAGUUCUUGAUUUGCAUGCUUUCGAUAGCCAAGCCAGUGAAAGUUUGCAGGAAAAGCUAUGCCUAGUGCACACAGCCCACCCUCACCUUGAUAAGAGUAUCAUUACAGUUACAUUUGAAAUCCCUGGCACCAUUCUUGAAGAAGACUUAAACAUAUAUCUUCAGAAUCUGUUAUGGGAAAAAAAUUUGACGAAUAAGUCUGGCAAUCCAAUGGAUAUCAUAAGGUUAAAGGCCAUUGUCUCAAUACAGGAAAAACCACAGCAGGUGAUUGUCCAAGGAGUUUACGAGCUGUAUGAGCUAGAAGAAACUUCUGUUAACUGGGAUUCGGACAGUGAAAGAAUCAACAGAUUUGUGUUUAUAGGGAGAAACUUGGAUAAAGAAAUUCUAGAAGAACUGUUUUCUACAACUGUAAUGAAGGGAGAGCAGUCCAGCUGAAAUUUUAAUAGAAAUGUGAAAGACAGAAACAUGGUUAAAGCGGAGCCCACUAUUUACGUACUGGAAGAAUUGACUUUUCUUUCUAUUCUUUUCUUUCUACUCCUUGAAAUCUAUUCGUUAGUAUAUGGCCUUUUCCAGCUGUUGGGAAUGAAUGAUCUGGUUUGAAUUUACUACCAGCAUCACAGUUAAUGUCGCCUUACUGAAUCUCCAACACCAAAGUAUUUUGUCAUCAUCCCUAUCGAAAGCGAACGCAUACCACUGUAUUUGUUUCCUGCAUGUAGACUGAUGAAGUUACCUGAGAAAUAAGCAGACCCAAGUACCAUGAAACCUUUGGACUCUGCCCUAUUAUCCGCUGAUUGAAUGGCAUAAAUUGAAUUCUUAGACCAAUUAUACUUGUGGAAAAUUUUAGGUGAUUUUUUUGUGAAGUUUGUUCUCAUCAAUAUUAGCAAUGGAGAAUUGGACAUUAUGUUUUGAACAUCCAUUGUCAGCGUUAAGUGCUCUCAGAUCAGGUGUGGCAGUAUGGUUGCCAACCCUCCAGGAUUGGUCUCCAGGAAUUAAAGAUUCGUCAUUGGGGCCUGCCACCAGCAACCCCAGAAGAACACCAUAGGGGCAUUAAAAAUGUUGUUUCUCA